CUAACCUUUCCUUUACCUCUCAAAAACUUCUCUCUUCUCUCUCAAGCUUACCAAAACUUGUAUUUGACUCCCCUAGUCAGACCUGAUCUCCCCUUAUAAACAAAGCAAUUACCAUGAAAAUCACCUCAUCCCAUUUAGUAUCCUCUAGGCCUCUCUCUCCCUCUAUAAUAUUUCUAGCGAUCCAAUUAGCCCCUCUGCCCCUUUGCCAAUGAAAAUUGAAAGGCAUAAUCACAUCAUGAACACUCAUACUUCCUCUUCUUCUUCUUCUUCACCUCUAACAUCACCCACGACCUUUGUUCAGGCAGACAUAAACACCUUCAGGGACCUUGUCCAAAAACUAACCGGUUUAGCCAGUGACACGCAAAGACUCCCGGUGACAAGAACGCUCUCCUCCCCGAAACCAUCACGUAACCCCGUUGACUUUACUGCUCCUCGCCGGUCACCUUUCAAGCUCCAAGAGCGAAGACAUACCUUAAGAAAGCUUGAGAUCGAACUUGGCUUGAUCUCUCUUAGUACCUCAUCAUCAUCAUCAACCCUCCAAACACACCGACUGGACUCACCAGUGACUCCACUAUGUUCAGGAUUUUUGUUCUUCCCGAGCCCAGGAACUGAGUCACCAUCGUCGCCAGCAGUUUCAGAGGAGGAGAAGGCUAUAGCUGAAAAGGGUUUUUACUUUCAUCCUUCGCCUUUGAACACACCAAGAGGGAGCGAGCCACCUGAACUCCUAACUCUGUUUCCAUUGAUUUCAUCGAGCCAAAGUAAUCAAGACUAGGUGUUGAAAGAAUGGUUACAGAAGUACUGAACGUACCUUCUGUAUCUUGCAUGAAGUUCUUGUUCUAGGUUUUAAAGAAUGUUUAAAGCUUGGGAUUUCAGGUUAAAUAUUAUCAAGCAUAGAGAAAAAUUAUCAUGUUUUAGGUUUUCUGUUAUUAAAUUUUGUGUUUCAUUCCCUGUCUUGCAAAUGUUUUUGCAUUAACACAGAUGGUGGUGUUGGUGGUUGUCGAAUUUCAAUGGGAUGAAUAUGUUAAUUAAUUAAUGGACCUAAUUAAUUAGCAAUUAAUCUUUAAUUAAUUAAAGUGACUAUGAUUGAUUA